AAAGCCGUUGCCAUUGAUACAGACUAAACCAACAUCAAUUUCAGCUGGCGUGUUUUUUGUAAAAAUGAAGUUUCUUACACGGUGGUGAUUGUUCUACAGAGUUCAUUCAAAAUGAAAGCAGUUCAGCUUCAGCAGUUGAUCUCUAAGCUUCGCAAAGAGAAAGUCCUCGCAAAGGACGACAAGCCAAGACGGAUGACUCCAUCAGUUUUUAAGCAAGAAAUGAUGCAGUCCUCAGAGGAGCACCUGAAUAACAUCGCAGAGGUCCAUCUGCCCCUCAGGCUCGAGACUCCAGAAGGCAACACCACUCAUUGCAUGCUGUCCCCAGUAAAACUGGACCGUCCGAUUUUCCAGGCUUACCCAUCAGAGCUGGUCUUCCAGAACUUUAUUCCCUUACAAACCUACAGUUUCCCUCUGCUGCUUCUCAACAAUGACCAGGUUUCACACCCUGUGAAGUUGGACCAGGAUGUUUCAGAACAGUUUUACAUGGCGGGUCCAGAGACUGGAAGAAGCAAAAUAGCACCAGGAAUGACUGCCAGUUUUAUGGUAUUCUUCACUCCACAGGAGAGCAAGGAUUACAGCCACAGACUGAUUUGUGUUUCUCCAAGAGAAUGUUUUGAGAUUCCAAUUCGUGCCAUUGGGCCCCGUGCCAUAUUUGACUUUAAAGAUGAGAUUCAUUUACCUACUUGUCUAGUGAAAGCAUCCACAGAGAAAACUCACUUUGUUUGCAACAUAGGCAACUGUAAGGCCAAUUUCAAGAUGCACACAAAAAGUCCUUUCUCAGUGACGCCCUCUCCUGAUAUUCUCGAUGUUGGGGGAGCCAUCCAGGUGACUGUGAUGUUCCAGCCCAUGAAAGUUGGACAGUUCCAGGAAGACCUCAUCCUGCAGUACGACACUGGUGAAGAUGUCCACAUCAGUUUGUUUGGGACUUCGGAGGAACUGAACAUCUGUCUUCAACCUGAGCCUGUAAAUCUAAAGAAGACUUAUAUCUCCCUGACCAGUUCUCAGACAGUUUCACUCACCAACUGCAGUGACAUUCCUCUUAAGUACCAGUGGACAGUGUCGCCAAGUCAGGCAGAAGAUGACCUGUCCUUUUUCAGGGAGAACUCUGUGCUUCAGCAGAAGGAGGAGAAAAGGGAGGGAAAUAUGUGUCGACCUAGUCGGUGCGAGUCUGACCCCACAGCGAUUCAUCACCCCCUGCUGCUGUCCCAAAGCCUGCAGGAGAGCAAUAGCCAAGCUGCAGAGGACUGCCCUCCUACACUUUCACUCAGCGGCAUAACAUUGGAGCCGGUGAUGGGAGAGCUCUGGCCUAACACUACAGCAAACUUUCUCAUCGUCUUCAAGCCAGAGGAGGCAAAAGUUUACCAACACACCGUUUAUUGUAAUGUCACAGGGAAGCAAUCACCAUUACCCCUUCGGAUCAAAGGUGAAGGGCUCGGACCAAAACUCAAGCUCAACUAUAACCUGAUGGACAUAAGAAAUGUGUUUAUAGGUGACAAAGAUCAUUAUGAGCUGCAGAUGACAAACAAGGGACUGAUUGAUGCCCCUUUCAAGUUUUCUCACCCUAAGACCACAUUUGGCCUGUGUUUUUCCAUCCGGCCCCAGGAAGGUGUCAUUCCCCCUGGGAUCUGCCAGGCUGUAGAAAUCAGUUUUCACAGUCGGACCUUGGGAAGCUUUUCUAAGGAUUUGCUGUUAACUGUCACAGGACAGCCGCAAACUCAAAUCCUAACUUUCAGGGGUUGUGUUACCCUGUGCUCGAACACAGUGAAGAAAUAUGAACUGGCGCUAGCAAUAGAUGUUGAAGGUGUCGGAGAGGAAAUCAUGGUUUUCCCUCUCAAUGCCAGGUGUGUUGUGCCUGGGAUUGAGGUUGAGCCUGCCAUUUUGGACUUCCAAAGAUGUUACCUGGGUCUUCCCUAUGAAAGGAAUUUGCAGCUGAUCAACUCCAGCAAUCUUCCUGCUUGUUAUGGUGUGCUAGAUCAGGAGAUGGAGGGGAGUACACCAGUACUUUUUGUCAGCUCUAUGCCCAGAGGAAUUCUUUUGGCUGGUAGCUCAAAGGAGAUUCCUGUGUCCAUCAUGGCUCGCGCUUUAGGAAGGAUCCAGAACUCUCUACAUAUUGCUGUGUUUGGCAGCCUUCAGCAGCCUCUGGAGGUCCUUCUGUCAUGUAUUGGACAGGGACCCAUUGUUUAUGUUCCCAUCUCACAGCUGAAGUUUGGCAGCAUUCCUGUCCUGACGGAUGCUACUCGAACACUGCAACUUCUCAAUCAGUCUCCCAUUCCUGCUCACUUCAGCGUCAGUUUGAUCCAUGAACAGUCCUACUGGCGUGUUGACCCUAGUGAAGGAGUAGUGCCACCUGAGAGCCAGCUGGAGCUAAAGAUAGUAGCAAAUUUGAAGGACACACUUCACUUUACGGACAAGAUGGAAGUAUUCAUACGGGACAACAGAAUACACAGUGUCUCACUGUCAGCCACAGGCACUGGGACAACUAUUGUCAGCAACAAACCUUUUGGCCCUAAUCUUGACCUGGGCACACACUUCUACUUUGUUCCAUAAGAGUACAAAUUCAAGCUGACCAACCGUGGUCUACGGCAUCACCGGAUGUUCUGGAAGAUUGGUGGCGUCCUGGCUUCUCCAAAACAACAAAUAAACUUCUCUGGCAGAACAGCGUUACCUCCAAUCAGCUCUUCUAGGCGGAGAGAUAAUGUGAGACGUAAACCUACGCCAUCUACCAACCGAGACAAAAAUGUGUUCAGCCUCAGUCACACUUGUGUGGACCUUUCUCGGGGCUGUUCUGUUGACAUGGUACUCACAGCAUCUGCAGACUCCCCCAAGAUUUUUCAUGAGCGUCUGGUGUGCGACAGCAUCAUUGGUGGCCGCGGCAAUCAGCAAACCAUCAUGUCUGUGGAAGCAAUGUGUCGUUUUGUUGCUCCAUCGCUUAAUAUUUCCUCAGAGCAACUGAACUUUUGCGUAAAGAAGGUUAAGGGGAAGUCUCUGUUGCCUGUAUAUGAGAAGCUGGUCUUGCAAAAUGCGUCGUCUUUGCCUCUGUCCAUGGAGCUCAUUCUUCCGAAGCACUUCUUUCUGUGUGAGACUCCAGGAGAGCAAAGCUCAACUUCAACCAAGGUUUUGGUUUUAGAGGACAAGGGUCAAUCUGAGUUCUGGGUUUGCUUUGAUCCAUCUUUCUGUACGGACUUAAUGCACCGUAUUGUGGAUGAAACGCUUACAAUCAAUUACUUGGACCUCCCACAACAAGAAUGUGUGAAGUUGUAUGCUGAGGUCCACUUUCCGAACGUCAUGUUUUCUUCAACCAUUGUGGACUUUGGUUGCUUGCAAAACUGCUCAGAGAUCAAGAGAAGGAUAACAAUGACCAACUGCUUUCAGCUGCCGGUGUGCUACAACUGGGCUUUUAUGGAGUACCAAAAACGUCCUCAUAGGAGAAAUUCAGAAGUGGCAAAAGUAUAAUUUAAGCGUUGAGAGAGUGAGACUGAAACUUCUCCGUUGCCUGUGUGCCUCAGUGCUCAAGCAGAUGACCAGAGCAGCAUACUACAUCCUGUGAAUGUGGAAGAGGUUUUUGACAUCUUACCAGUGUGUGGCGUAUUGCAACCUCAAGAAGAGCAGCUUGUCACUUUCUCUUUCUUUGGUCAUGAGAACGUCAGGAGAGAGGUGGUGGCUCAGUGCUAUGUUGAAGAUGGACCAACAUAUGAAGUCCAACUCAGAGGAGAAGCCUCAGCAAUCUCUUACAGUCUUGAGUCUUCCCAUCUUGACUUCGGCUCUCGGCUCUUUCACUGUGUCAGUGAAGUUGAAAUGUGUGUUAGGAAUACCGGCAAAGUGGACUUUGACUUCAACGUCACAUACUUUCCAAAUGCAAAGGAGAACGAAGGGGUCGAUAAAGGAGACGGAGUGCUGAUUAAGGCAGAUGAUGACGACAGAGAUGGACAGCAAUUAAAAGGAAAAGGUCAACAACACGAGAGGCUGAAGAUCAGACCUGGGUGGCCCGUAAUUAUUCCAUCUGUGGGUUACAUUAGUGCUGGUUCAGAGAAGCACCUGCGUGUACUUUACCUGCCUGGCAUCCCUGAAGUGUUUAAGAAGCAGUUUCAGCUCCAGGUGGCUUUCUUACCUCCCCAGGAGGUCACGCUAACCGGGGUGGGAGUGUUCCCAAGAAUCCGACUGAAUUUGCCACGAAACUUGUCUGAGCAGUGCUACAGAGAUGUGGUGCAGCAGGCCCAAGAAGCUGUGACAGCACAGAGUGUCAGUAAGGAGGUUGCACUUGGAGGAGGAGCUGGGCAACAGCCUAAUCGUGGACCAAUGAGUGAAGAGUUGAUCCAAAUGGAGGUUGAGAGACUGCUAGUGAAAGACGAUGCCCAUGUGCCUUACAGGCCGUGGGAGCUCAGCGACUCACAAAGUUCUCUUUCACAGUGGCAGGAUUUACACAAUUUCAAGCUUCCACCAUAUGUGCUGGAUUUUGGUGUGGUGUUUCCAGGCAAAAUCUUCAGUCAGACAGUGAAGAUCUUAAACAAUGGGCCAAUACCAGUGUCCUUCCGUGCCUACCGCAAACAUCUAGCAGGCACAGGCUUCACAGCAGAAUUUAAAAACAUAAGGAACCUUCCCAGUGGUGAAAGCCACACUUUUACAAUUACGUUUGAUUAUCUCUCUGCCAAAGGAAAGAUGGGGCAGACAAGCGUCAUUCUGCCAAUACAGCUCACCGAUGGUCCAGUGGUGCAGGUGGAGUUGUGUGCAAACAUUUCUCUUCCAGCAGUCACUACCUCAAGCGAUCUGCUGCUUUUUGACAAAGUGCAGUGUGGCAUGUGCCAGAUUCAAAAGGUACAGCUGAAAAACUGUGAGGCUGUACAAUGUCAUUGGAGGAUAACUGAAGAAAUAAAACCUCUCAAAAAGCAUCAUCAGAAGCCUUCAUCGAUAUUCCAGGUGUUUCCCUCCUGUGGUGUGCUGGACCCUGACAAAUCUGUGACCGUCCACGUCAAGUUCUACCCUACAGAGGCGGGUUCAUACAACAGACGGUUGGUGGUCCAUGUCGCAGACAGCACUGAGCAGGUCUUCAUUACAGCUAAGGGUCAAGCUGAGGAAUCUCUCCUCAAGUUCUGCCCAUCUGUGCUGGAGCUCGUACCUUGUCUUCCUUUUAGCACGGAAUCUAAAUCUGAAGUCACAGUGAAAAACAUCUCCUCCUUUCCUAUCGAGUUUUACUGCCUUGAGUUUGACACACAGUACAUCAAGGAAGAAGAGAUCCUGCGGGCUAUACCAGAAUAUGACGAGAACAACAUGCUGCUGCUUCCCCCAAGGGUACCUGGAAAGGGCCUCCCUGUGGAGCUGAAUGAAUAUUGUACUCGGCUAAAUGAUGAUGAGCUGAAUGAAGUCAUAGAGGAAGAUGAAUCAAAGAAAAGUGGCACAGUAAAGGAUGAGGAGAAAUCAAAACCAAGUGAUGGUCCAGACCUCUCUACUGCGAAAUCGGAUGACUUUUUUUUUUCAAAAUUGACCAAAGAGGGAAUCAGUCUGGGAAAGUUGGAGUUGACUCCUGUGGUCAGAGCGAUUGCCCGCUAUAUGGAUCUGGACGUUUCCCUACAAACAGUACAACACAGAGGAAUUGCCAUCAUUGUAUACGGAGCCCCUAUGACAGAUAAACACAACUUGGCAGAGGCUCUGGCGAAUCACUAUGGGACAGCGUGCUUGACCAUUGAUGGUGUGGUCACAGAUGCACUUCAAAAUGGCACUUCUCCAGUAAGCCUCAAAGUAAGGCAGCUUUAUGAUACUGCGCUUGCUGAAUAUGAACAAAAACGGGGUCCAGAAGCUGCCAAGUUCACUGAAGAAAAGAUGCAAACAAAACAUGCCGCAUAUCCUGAAAACCCAGUUCAGCGUGUAACUCCAGUUGGUAGUGUUGAAGUUCCCUUGGACUAUCCAGAAAAGCACCACCCUAGAAAUCCCAGUUCAUUUCACCACCAUAAGUCAGAAUUCUCAGUAAGAGAAACCAGUGUGAAAGGGAAUUUGCAGCCAUUCCGUUUCUUCCCAUCUGAAAGCCUAGUUUCUGAAAUCCUUUUGGAACGUUUUCAGUUAAACGAUUGUCAACGUGGAGUAGUCAUCAGUGGCCUGGAGUCUAUUUACACCCACUCUCUACCAAGCUCGCUUCAAGCUGUGCUCAAAGCAUUCUGUAACCGGAAGCACAUCUAUGUCGUCUACUUAUUUGACACCUACGAUGCCCUGACAAUACGUGAAGGACUACAAAGACAAGCUGAGGAAGCCUUGCAGAAAGAGAUGGCUGAGAAGGAGGAGAGGUGGUUCUUGGAGAUGGAUCAGGAGAUGUUCGAUGCUUUGCCUGACGAACAUAAGGCUGGUAUUACCCAGCGACACUUGCAGACACUUCGACUGAAAAAGCAGAGAAGGGACCUUGAGCUGAAGGCAAAGGAGGAGGAAGAAAGGAGGCUGCAAGAGGAGAUUCUCAAGUCGAAAGAAAAGGAAAAGAAAAAGAAGAAAAAGGAUGAAAAGUUAGAAACCACAGAAGUUCAGAAGAUGAAAAACUCAGUAGAAUUAAAGCAGUGUCCUGUGGAUGAAAGACGGAUUGAGUUUGAAAAAUUUGAACAGAUCCAUACAAUGCUGGAUCUUAUCCUGCAGCAGUGGGACCGCGCCCAGGGCUUGCUCCUGGAUUCUCGUUAUGCUGAGGAAAAUCUUCCAGGUUCAGAUGAAUUCAUAGCAGAGAAAAGAUAUUCACACAUGAGUAAGAGAACAAGGGGAGCCCCCAUGAAGGCUCUCCAGAGAGCACCAGGCAGCAUCCCUCACAUUGUGACACAUGUGACACAAAGUGGGAGUAUCAGUUCCACAGACCUGCUUAAUACCAGUGUACUUCCUUCUCUUGAAGAGGUAGAGGACGACUUGGGUUUAGGACCAAAUGGCCCCCCGGUUGCUCCCCCAACCACUCUCUCUGUUGUUGCUUUUCCUAACUACAGGGAGCAACUUAAAGUUAAUCAGACAUGUUUCACCUUCCUGAAUCCCUCUGAAUGUGACGAGGAUGAUGAGAAGAAAGAUCUAGAGGAAUCCUCACAUAAAAAAACUCCACAGGAAAGGGCCGCUAAACGUCACAAGGAUUACAAGACCAAAGACAAAAAGGGCAAAGACACUCAAACACCCCCGAAAAAACAUUUCAAGACGUUGAAAUUGAAGAGUUCAGAGAGUUUGACCACAUAUCGCUGGGUUGUACCUGCUGGCGGUGAGGUGCCUCUGAAGAUCUGGUUCUACUCUGAAUCACUCGGAGUUUUUGAACAGGUCUUCAACUUUGAGACAGUGGGGAGCCGCAAACUUUACCAACUCAAAUGCAGAGGAAUUUGCACCUAUCCCUCCAUCUCCACAGACUACCAGAUUGUUUUUGCUCAGUCUAAGAAGGUACCACAAGAGAAAGAAGGCCUUCAGAAGACCUAUGUAAUCAAACCUGGUUACUUUGAGUUUGGGCCUUUACUUUGCAGCAAAACUAGAGACAGGUAUAAGAAAAACACAUAUCCAGAAAAUUCUGAGAGGCUGGACAUUUAUAACGACUCUGGCAUGGAGGCAGAGGUCGUGUUCAGUUUCCAACAAGACACUCAGGGCGCAACGUAUCUGCUAGAUCCCUCUACAAUGACUCUCUCACCAGGACAGAAAGAAGUGCUGUCAGUCUAUGCAUAUCCAACAAAACAGGGACAGAUAAAAGACAGCAUAAUUUGUAAUAUCAAGGACAAUCCUGAGCCUGUGACCAUCCACAUCUCUUGCUGGGGCGUCCGACCAGAACUCGAGCUGGACAGCACCCAUUUAAACUUCGGCAAGAUUCUGCUGCACAAGAAAGACAGUCGUGGCAUCAUGAUGGUUAACAAGACUGUUUUGCCACUAUCAUGGAUGCUUCAAGGCUUGGAAACCUUGGGUGACGAGUUUGUAGUGCUACAAGAUCAAGGAGUCAUCCAGCCAAACUCCUGUUGCCCUCUCUGUGUGGAGUUCAAGGCCAGGAAGCCAGUCGUUGUUAAGAAAAUCUUGCGUCUCGAGGUAUACGAUGUGGAGAAAAUUAUUGGAAUCCUGCACACUGAAAACUUAACAAUUCAUGCUGAAGCCUAUGAUGUAGAUCUGAAGAUCGAACCAGCUGCUAGUUUGGACUUUGGGAUCCUUAGAGCCUUUGAAGAAAGCAAACAGCAGCUAAAGCUGACAAACAAAGGAAAAUAUGACUUAGCCUUCAAAUUUACAAUUCGCCCACCCAACCCAAAGCUUAACACCACAGAGUCCAUGUUCUCAGUGGCUCCACCAAGCGGUUCUCUGUCGGCCCGUGGGAAGUUGGCAGCAGCAAUAGUUAGCUGCAAACCUGAUAAGGAAGUCAAUUUGAAAGAAGAACCCGUCAUUAUAUGUCAGAUAAUUGAACCCAGCAUUAAAGGAGGAGAAACCAUAGCCAGCAUAGACAUCAAGAUUUCGCUGCAGUCUGUUUUCUCCAGAUAUAAAAUAACACCUGCAUGCAACAUUGAUUUUGGCCCACUGGCCUGUGGCUCCGACAAAACGCAGAGCUUCACAAUAGAUAACAACGGACUCUUCCCAUUCCAUUUCAGCCUAACUCGCAUAUUCUCAGAGUUUAGUAACCAUAUCAAGGUUGGAGGACGAUCUCGGGUGCCAGCAAGAGAUUGUGGUUCAUCAAAGUCCACCAGUGGCAAUCUCGAAGCAAAACAAGAUCAUCACAGAGAAUCAGGUUCUCGGGAUACUUCCCUCAACUUGGGCAUUUUCUGCGUGUCUCCCUGCAAUGGAAACGUGCAGCCUGCGACUCAGCAGCAGAUAACCGUUGUCUGUUUGGCUGACCAGCUUGGCACUUGGAACCAGGGCCUGCUUAUUGACAUCGCUGGCCGUGACCCCUCAGAACAGCCUGAGGGUAUCGUAUACAGACUGUUAGCUGAGGUUUGCAAACCAGGCAUCAUGGUAGAUCCGGAGUACAUCUUUGAAGAACACUACUUGUGUCAGAACAGUGACCAGCUGUCCUCAGAGCAGUUUGCCAAUGCUGAAGGCAUUUUUGUCAUAGAUGAGAAAAAAUUUAUUUACAACAAAACUGUAGUGGGGAAAACCUCUAAAGCCCGCUUUAAACUCAUCAACAACAACAAGGUCCCUUGUACAAUUAACUUGGCCUUCAAAUAUACUGGAAGUAAGGCGUCUCGACAAGUAUUUGACUUGUCUGCAACAACGCUGAACAUAUUGAGCCAGUCACAUACUUAUGCUGUGGUCACCUUCACACCACUGGCAAUCCGGCCAUACAGCGCUGCGGUGGAAAUUACAACCAAGGGGCUCUCCAGAUCAAAACACACAUUAGUCAACCAAACCGUGGAGUUCCAGAUAAGUGGGGAGGGGACUCUGCCCAGGGUCUGUGUCCUGCGUCCAGCUCGGGGAGGAAGAGGGAGCAAGGGAGAACCAGUGAUGCAGUUCAGACGAAGUUUGGUGGGCAGAGGACACACUUUACCUUUGGUGCUUUUCAAUGAUGGGGAUAUAGAAGCGCAAGUCCAAAUUGUGUUGGUGGAUGAACAUGGUGUGUUUACAAUAAAACCUCCUCCAGGCGACACCAAAAGCACUGUUCAGUGCGAACAACUUCAGCAACCUCCUCCAUCAGACAUUGGUUCCCAUGUUCCAAAGGGUCAAAUGGUCCACAGAGUCACUGUGAGGCUUAACGUAAACGAACAGAAGAGUUUUGCGGUCAGCUUUUGCUCCAACGAAUCUGUUAAAGUUGAUUCGUCAAUGGCAGUGGAGGUGAAGGACAACCAGUACAGUAACACCAUAAUACAUGUGAUGGCAGAGACGUAUCAGGAAACGGUGUCUCUCGAUAACAUCAGCAGCUCACCGCAGGAUGAAGAAGAUGAAGCGGAAGGUUUAUGUGAGGUGCUUCAUUUUGGUGACUGCUAUAUAGAUUGUAAAUACCAAGAAAGCUUCACUAUGACCAACCACAGCAGAAACCAGGUGGUGAAGUUCGAGUGGCCUUCCAGUGAACCAAAUGUCACAUUUUCACCAGAGGUUGGGCACCUUCAUGCUAUGUGCUCUAAGGAAGUGACGGUCACCUUCUGGUCCAGGGAGCCACUGACUCUGAAGCAGCAAAUGACUUGUCAGAUUAGUGAGGUGGAGUUCAAGCAACCGAUAGAGGAAGUGGCCGACUGGGAUGACCGUCAUAGAACGGCAACAUGGCAAAGUGCUUCAGACAGGGUUUUAAAAGAGUCUCGACAGCUUGACAGUAAAAAGGUGAUGGAGACGAAUCCUGAACCUCUCUGUUCUGUGGUUGAGGGCUCUCAGUGGAGUCUGGAUUUGGAAAUCAGGGCAAUUUGUGAUUUCUCAAAGUUCAGCUGCAGCAGCAGCAGCAACAUCCAGUUUAAAGACACCAUGCUUUUCCAAACCGAGCUGCACCAACUACAGAUUGUCAAUGAGGGCAAUGUGAAAGUGGAUUUCUCCUGGCAAGUCCAAAUGGAUUCUUGCAGUGAGGUUACACACCUUAAAGAAGGAGAGUGCAUGUCAUUGGUGACGGAUGAGAGCUGGAGUUCUCAUCCUGACAACAGUUCAGACAGGCCUUCUACUGAUCGGAGCAGUGCAGUGACACCACUCAGGGGAAACCCUGCUUUGCCUCCGUUCACUGUGGUGCCCAGAAUUGGGAGUAUAGAUCCAGGUGUUACCCAAACCUUCAAUGUUUGCUUUUCACCUGUGGAGGUAUCGCAGUUUCAUGGCAGACUGCUCUGCAGUAUUCCAAACUUGGAGAACGGCAACAAACCUCCUAAUAUCACAGUGUGUGGUAAAAGCCUGUUGCCUGUUGUACAUUUUGAUUUGAAGGACUCAGACUACAUCAGUAUUAGCCGCCGCAGCCCCAAGUUCAACCAGCCUCUGGAUCCUAGGACUCGAGUUUUAGAGUUCAAGUCCCUUGGCUUAUCAGCACCCAUAACAAGAUCAUUCAAUGUGAUUAACCCGACCAAGAUGACUUACUCAUAUAAAUGGAGGUGUGACGACACAGCGUCCAGUUCUUUUCGUUGUCUAAAUUCUUUUGGGACCAUCCCACCAAAGAGGAAAGUGGAGAUAUGUUUUGAAUAUGUUGCUGAACACCAGGGGACAGUGGAGUCACUGUGGAGUUUCUUGAUUGAGAAUAAGUCAUUGUCUUUUCCCUUCUUAUGCGUGGGAACUUCUAGAGAACCAUGCAUCUAUCUCAACAAACCUUAUCUUGACUUUGGGGAUGUGAUUGUUGGCCAUAUGUUGGAGCAGACAGUUGAUCUGGUGAAUGCAGAGGAAGAACCUUUCCACUUCUCCGUCCUGCCGGUGUCUCUUGUCACUGAAGAUCAUCAGGCCAGGCUGAGUUUAAAGCCCAUGGAUGGCAUAGUGAUGCCCAAGAAUAGGUUACCACUGUUGGUGAGCUUCACACCUUCCUCAAAGGGAUAUAUAAACUUCAGACCGAUCUUGAAAGUGAAGAGGAAGUCAGAACCACUUUCAAUCAACGUUAAGGCUGAUUGUUUCUCCAUGCCAGUUUCAAUUCAGAUUCAGGAGCCAGACGGGAAUCUCAGAGAGCUCUUCCCUAACCAGGAAGAUACACUAAACUUUGGAAAGGUGGGCAUUUCAGAACUAUCUACCUACAAUUUCCUGGUGUUCAAUCUUUCAAGACUUAGACUGGAAGCCAGCUUUGAGUUGACGGGUCUCAGAGAGAAACUUCAGCAACUAGAGGUGAAUCCUCUAAAUGGUGUUAUCCAGAUUGGGAAGGAGCUCAAGGUAUCAGUGGUCUUUUCCCCUAAGAGCAUCUGCAACCUCCACGGUGUCAAACUUAUUGUCAGGGUGAAGCCCGGUCCAACCUAUACUCUUUCCAUUAAAGGCAGAGCCAUUACUCGCAGCCUUGAUUUCUCCUUCACAAAGUUUAACUUUGGAAGGUGUUUCCUGUUCUGUCCGGGUAUGGUACCACCAUCCCACACUCUUCUCAUUCACAACAAAGACAGUAACGAAGUCAGUGUCCAGUGCCAGUUUCAAAACACAUCAUUCUUGAAGGUGGACUUCCAGCCAGAUAUUUUGAGACCUGGUGGUAUUAUGGCGGUACCAAUUACCUUCUACCCCCAGAAGACUUGUCUUUAUAGGGCAAAGCUCCUUUUUGUCCUAGACAGCUCUGACACAAAACAAGUGGCAAUAGAAGGAGAAGGCAUUGAAUUAAAGCUGGAAGUGCUUGAUUUCCGACAAAAGAAAAUGAAGCUAGGAUGUCUAACAUUGGGUGAAAAAGUGAAUAAACAGGUCGUCCUAGCCAAUGACAGCCUCCUGGACCUUUCUUUCAAUUUGAUACUGAACUCAGAUCCUUCUCUAGAUCUAAAAGACCUGUCUGUCAGCCCAUUAGGCGAGAUGAAGCUGAAAUCUUGUGGAGGCUCCUGCAAGCUGCAGAUUCAGUUUUCACCUCAGCAGCACAUUGCUCCUUUUUCUGUCGAGCUGCAGGCCGAGUUCAACGGGUUCUUCCACCACCUGCUGACCAUCGAGGGCUGUUGCAAGGGGGUAGAUGUCCAUCUAGACUGCAGCCAAGUGUCUUUUGGAGCUAUGGUCCAAAACUGUCUGACGAAUAGGAGGAUUGUCAUGAUGAAUACUAGUGACACUACUGUCAGAUUUCAUUGGCAAACCCAAGAUUUCCCUGCAGAGUUGUCGAUCAGACCAGUAAAAGGAUAUAUCUGCCCAGGCAAGAACUUUCCCUUUGAAGUGACCUUUACCCCUGUGAAGCUCAGUGACGACAUCAGAUACGAGAACCUGUCCUGCAUCAUCGACGGUUCCCCACUUAUUAAAUUGACGGUCACAGGUUCCUGCGUCCCACCUUCCAUCAGCAAAGAGGUGAUAAAUUUUACAUGCCGAGUGCGCACCUCUCAAACUCAGACCCUGUCCGUAACCAACCCUACUUGUGAGUCCUGCAACGUCAUACUUGUAAUCAAGGGUGAGCAAUUUAGUGCUGCUCACUUUAUGACCUUUGAACCCAACCAAAGCAAGACAUUUGACGUCACGUACAGACCACUGAGCAUGACAACUGAUGGAAACAAGCACCUGGGAUCAGUUUUUUUCUCUUUUCCUGGUGGGAGGGGAAUUCUGUUCAAUCUGCAAGGAAGUGCGUUUGCCCCAAAAGCAGAGGACAUCAUCUCACAGGAGGUGUCUGCCAAAACCCAAAGCUCUGUUCUUCUCCAAGUCAACAACUGGCUCACCAGGCUGCAGAGGUUCUCUGUGCUGCUAGAGGUAGUUAAACCUGAUAAACCAGACCUGACUGUGUUCCUCAUAGGACACAAGUUCAUCGAGGUUCCCGCUUUGGCCAAGAUGGAAUACAAGAUGUCUUUUAAUGCAUACAAAGAGGGAGAAUACACCACAAAGGUUUGGGAAAACAAGUUUAUCUGUUUGUGAGAGUAUGUUUCUCUAACCAUGUGAGUUUGCAUAUCACACUAUUGUAUAUUUGCCUUCUAUUUCAAAGGUGCAAGAAGAUGAAUACCCUUAUGAAACAAAUAAUUUGCUGUAGCAUUAGCAAGUCAAUGUUUAGCUGAGCCAG